CAAAUGUAUCGAAACAAAGGUGGUGAUUGAAUUUAAGUGAGUAAAGUUAUUCACCAGCGACGUGUUAGCCGAGAUUGGAGAAAUAAAGAAAAGAGUAACAUCUUGUCUUGAUACAUUUAGCUAACUAGGUAACCAGUUAACCUAGGUAUCUCAUCGUUUAGCCACAACUUCUUGUUAGUUAGCUGAUGAAAAUCUGUAGCUAGCAUAUAUAUAGCUAACUAGCCAAGUUAGCUAUAGCGAGAUGCACUGUGCCUUCCAUGUGGUUGUCUUUUAUCAUAUGGUGUCACAGUGAGGCUAUUAGCCUGGCCAGGUAAGAAUGUCGCUGUAUCCAUCCCUCGAGGAUCUUAAGGUGGACAAGGUCAUGAAGGCUCAGACCCAAUUUUCCCAUACCACUGCUACCCCAGCCAUCGCUGAGGGGACCUACCAGUCGCAGGCUGCUGUGCUGGGGAUGCCAUCAUCAGGGGAGUCCACCUGCUUCUCCCUGUACCCUAACCUGGAGGAGCUGGGAGAGUACAUGGGCCUGAGCCUCGACAGUGAUGAGGUGCAGAGGAACAUGGCCUCUGUGCCCAUGGCAGACAAUCAAGUGGCGGUUUCGUCUGGCAUGGGAAUCAGCGGCAUGGUGUGUCCCGUGACUGGGUCAGACGUGGGCAUCAAGAGGGCAGAGAUCCGUCCCGGCCUGCGUGAGAUCAUCCUCUGUAAGGACCAGGAUAGGAAGGUCGGCCUGAGGCUAAGAGCCAUCGACAAUGGCGUGUUUAUCCAGCUGGUUCAGGCCAACUCCCCGGCCGCCCUGGGGGGCCUGCGCUUCGGGGACCAGGUCCUCCAGAUCAACGGGCAGAACUGUGCUGGCUGGAGCUUGGACAAGGCCCAUAAAGCCCUGAAGGUUGCUGCGGAGACCCGCAUCGAGCUCAUUGUCCGGGACAGGCCGUUCCAGCGUACUGUCACCAUGCACAAAGACAGCUCAGGCCACGUUGGGUUCAUCUUCAAGUCGGGCAACAUCACCUCGCUGGUCAAGGAUGGUUCGGCCGCUCGCAACGGCCUGCUGACGUCCCACUACAUCUGUGAGAUCAACGGACAGAAUGUUAUCGGCCUCAAGGAUGCUCAGAUCAAGGACAUCCUGACCACCUCUCCUACAGCCAUGACCAUCACCAUCAUGCCCAAGUUCAUCUACGAACACAUGGUCAAGAGAAUGUCCAGUGGUCUGCUGCGGUCAGCCAUGGACCACUCUGUGCCAGAGGUGUGAAGGCCGGAACGUGACCACGUCUCCUACAGGAUGCCUACAAUCUCCAGAGUUCCCAUUGGGCCCCCAAACAGCCAAUAGGGUCAACUCGCUCUCUGUACUGAAAAACUUCUUGUAUCACAGUCACCGCCUUCUUCUUUCAUCGUAGCAUAAUCUAAAUAUACAUUUUUUUUUCUCCGAUGGCUCAAAUAUUGUUAUUCGAUGUAGUUCCUUUUCUACUUCUAUCCCUUUUGUCUAUUUUUACGUAACUCUUGUAGUCCAGUAUUGUUUUCUUAUAAUUAUGUUUGUGGCAUUGCAUUGAGUACACCUUUUUGUUUUAAAGCCAUGCGCACUAUCAUGAGUCUAGAGCUUCCUCAUAAAGAGCAAGGAAAUGGUUAAUUGGCUCGUGACCUUUCACCUUUGUGUCAAAAUGCUGUAAAAGCCAAUGAUCUCCAUGGUUGUUGAUCAUAAGCCUGUUCCCCUAUGCAGCUGGGACAUUACGCUGGGCGGACCCACUAAGUGCACUUUCCUGUAACCAUUAAAAUGUUUUUUUUUUAUUGAUCCAAGUCGAGUCAAAAUUAACUGGGAAUGGAUUUGUUUGCACAAAGUAAUCAAGAAACUGAAGUUAUUAAUAUGUACGUUAUCUAGGGGUUCAAUCAAAUCAUUCCCUCUACUUGUUGAUUGAUGUGCACGGCAAGACGGAAAACGUGACCUGGGCUCAGAAUCGCAAAACAUUUCUCACGCAAAAAACUUAAGAAACAAAAGCAUUAACAUUUCCAGUAACCUUUGAGGAAUAGCAACUUUGCUUAAAUCUCUUCAUAAGUCUAUAGUUAACGGAAGAAAAAAAUGAAGAAAUUUCUUCUUAAGGUUUUGUGAAUCUGGGCCCUGAUCGGUGAGUUCCUUUUUAAUAUUAGAAUGUUGUUCUUGUUUGGAAGCGUGUUUUGUAUUGCAUUUUUAUAUCAUCUUUAAUAAACAACACACAGCCAUCAUUCUGUAAAUGCUAGAAUCUAAAUGUUUCUAUACGAAUGUAAAGGGGGAAGGGAGACACCUAGUCAACUGAACGCAUUUAACACAACCCCUUCGUAAUUAAUGUAAAAGAAAAAGAAAUAAUCAUUUUGUUCAUCUUUUAAA